AUGGAAGACGAUCCGCCUGGGGAACUGAGGGCUCCCCCCCGUCGACCCAUGGAUGGCAAUACUAUGGGACAAUCAAGGGUUCCGAGAUCCAAACAUGCCAUAGACAGAAGUGCAAACCCUGGGGUCACUAUAUCUCGACCCCAACCGGUACCUCAAUGGCCUCUGUCCGGCCCUCCCAUGGCUGCUAUGAACCAGCCCGAUGCCGAGCCAUAUCGACCGCCCCCUGGACGACCAACACAGGCUCCCCAACGACCUCCUCGACCCAGUCAAGUUCCUUCUUUGCUCGACCAGUCUCGACUUCAGGAGCCGACUCCCGUAUUUCUUACACCGGAAACCGACGACUACCGCUCUUCAGUUCCCCCAUCUCCAUCUUCGCGAAUGACUGUGUCCAGUCUCGGAUCCGUUCCUGACUUUCCAGAACCCAACCAAACUUCAGCAGCCAACAGACGAAGCGUCAAUCUAGGAGCUCCAAGAGCAAGCGCUAAUCUGGGCCCUCCCCCUUCGUCUCGCCGAGGCGUCUCUUCAUUCUACUCACGCGCAUCUUUUGUGUCGCCCAUUCCCGAAGAAAGUCUCAACUCGCGAUCACACGGUUCAUACGCUUCAAGUGCCGCCAUGCCCGAUAGUUGGCCCGGAGGCUCUGGGCCCGGCAGCCCUUCAUUUUAUGAUGAUGGGGCUACCGAGAGAAGCCAAGACUAUGUUGAGGAUGAUUUUCACGAUGAGAGUAAAUUGGUCCGCAGUGCUAGCAUCGGGAAGAGAGGAAAACCCUCACUCAUUACUACCAAGUCAUUUCAGAUGGAACCUGACCACCGGCCUGCGCCGUCACCAGUCCAGCCCUUUGACUCUGGGACAGGGUAUGUCGAUGCAUCCACAAGCUCCUCAAACACUCUUCCUAUGGCGAAAACACCGACCCCUGGGCAAAACGCCCGUGACAGUCUAAGUCCGGAUGCCAUCCUGGGCGCAUUUGCAGCGGCCAGUGCGACCAAUUUGACGGACUCGCACGUGCCUGCAUCCUCGCCAUCUCCUCAGCCUUGGAAUCGCCUGUCAGCGAUUCGACGACCACCGAAGCUGGACAUCGAUGCUGUUAGAAAAGCGGAGGAACGAGGCAGUAUGACGAGUUUGCCUGACUUGAUCCGACGGGCCACCCGACUUGCAACUAUGAUUGAUCAUGGUAAACGGCCAGGAAGCCGGUUCGACAACCUGAAUGAUUUCUUCGACGAGAAGGGCCAGAUGCGGGGGGGCGACAAGGAAAACUCAGGUUUAUCAGAUAUGCUGGCAGCAUUUCCUCCGCCCGCACAACCAACAGGUCGACAGAGCCGUGGCUCUUGGUUUCGCACAACAUCUUGGCCUCUUGCACCUGGCCCUGGACGAGGCGAUGGCCCAUCACGAAAUGGUGUAGGCAGAAACACCCCACCCGACGAAGGCUCAGGUAAACGACGCCGGCGUUGCUGUGGCCUCCCUGUUUGGGCAUUUGUUAUCUUGUUGAUACUGCUGUUGGGAAUUAUCGUGGCUGCUGUGCUUGUUCCCUUAGAGUUCUUCGUCUUCAAGAACUUGGGAAACCAUGACAAACCGCAAUCUGCACUUGCCCAAUGUCAAGAGUCACUCAAGUGUCAGAACGGUGGAACAAACAUUAUGUCCCAGGGUACUUGCUCGUGCAUCUGUACAAAUGGCUUCACCGGCUCAGAUUGUAGCGCGGAAGGAUCUGAUGGUUGCACCAUGACAGAUUUGGGUGGCAGUCUCAGCAACGUGACACUGGGCAAGAACAUUCCACGUCUCAUUGAGGAUAGUCAGAAGAACUUUUCCAUUCCCUUGUCCGGUACCGCCAUUAUGGCCAAGCUGAACUCUCAAGAGCUCUCUUGCAUCGCCCAAAACUCGCUUGUCACAUUUGACGGCGCAGCUGCGCGCAAAAGGAAUGCUUUGCUGGAGCAGGACGAACACGAGGCGCCUGCCGCUUCCCUGGUACCCCGUAUGCCCGAAUCUGCUACUGCCAUUGUCGUAUCUUCAGAGACUGCAGAUCCGACCAAGCUCAUUGUUGAUGAAGGAGACCCGGACAAAGUGCCCACUACAACAGGGACCGCUGGAGGUGCAACCAAAACGUCAGCUACCGCCGUCCCCUCACAAACGCAGAGCCCAACGAACAAGUUUCAGAUCACGAACGAGGUUCUCGACUUUGCACGGGUUGCCGUACUUUUUGUACUGCAACAAGAGAAUGUAGAUAGUGCUCAAGAUGCGCAGUCCAGCAUUGACAAGUUCUUCGCCAAGGCCCGCAAAGAUGAUGGGGUACUGGUGAAGCAGGCCGAGAGUGUUAGCAUAGGCGAUAAAAGUUCAGUGGACCUGCUGAGGUACAAGAUCACGAUUGGGUCAGAAACCAUUGGAGGGAACGCGAAGCGUCAUUUGUCAUCUCCCAAGACCACUCACACAUAUGUGUCUGUUCGACACCGAGCAGUUCAUGCUUUGAGACAGCACAGAUGA